AUGAGCAAAGCAAACAGGAAACAAUCAUUUUUCCAUUUUUCUUUCGCUUCUCGUAUUGACCCUUUCACGAUUUCUUCACAAAGUACAACAAGCAACAAAAAAGUGGCCUCUGCAUCAGUCAACGCGAAACUCUCCUUACAGCCGGAAGUUGUGCAAUGGCAGGCAUUCGAUUGUGAUUGUGCCGAGAAGUUGAGCCAGAGUUCGACAAGCGAGCCCAAAUCGAUUGAUGCAAAACUCUACCCAAACUUCGAAUGUCUUGUCCACUUCUUUGCCGGCAAUCUUGGAGGUAUAGUU